GUUAAAAAUAAGGUGAAAAAAUGGAAAGAGUUGAGAGAGGAAAGUAGACAGAGAGUGAUGAUGAUAAUGAUGAUGAUGAGAGGGAAGGGUGAGGUGUACUUGUUCGUUAGUCGAGCAAAAAACGAAUGCAAAUGUCGAUUUGCGGUCCCUUUCGAUGUUCACUAUUAACCCAAACGGAACAUUUUUAUUUUUCUUUUUACUUUUUCGUUCUGUUUUGCUUUCAGUGUUGGUUUAAAAGGUACAAACAAACCAAUUUUACUUCUCAAUUGUAUUUCAAACUUCAAUAUGUUCACUUUACCAGUUAAAUUGUUUACCCUGUUUGGGUUCAUUUUUUUAUCUCUCAGUUUAAUUGCCAGUGGAAAGGUUAUGUUAAAACCAAGUCAACAGCAGCAGCAGUCAACUUCAACGUCCACUCAGCUAAACAAUGUUCAACCUUUCUUUGGUAUUGGUCCAUGGGUUAAACAUGAUGUUGCCACCACUGCAGCACCUUCAACCACAACCGUUUCAAUCAAAAAGAAAGUAAACAAUUAUAACCAAAAAGCUUUACCCUUUCCUGAAGCCUUUUCAAGUCGAUCAAGUCAAAAGCCAACCAUUUCUGCUCGAUCCUCAAAUCCUUUAAAUAACAAUGUUAGACCGUCAUCGACAAAUUCACCUUCAGGAUCAUCAUUAAAGCCGUCAGCUUCGUCUUCCUCUUCAUCGCCCAUUGAGUAUGGAUUCACUGAUUCAGAUUAUCCUUAUAUAGUUGUUAAAAGCAGUAAAGUUGAUUCUUCAUCACCAGAAUAUCGAAGUGAUUAUUAUGAUGAAUCACUCAACGAACCAACAUCCACACCAAAACCGACCUCUUCUUCAACCUCGAGUUAUCAGGGUAAAGGUCGGAAGGUACUUAAAUGUCGAACCUCGGAUGGACGCCAGUUAAGUGAUGAACAAUGUAAGCAACAAUUGGCUGAGAAAAGGUCAACAAUGACUUCAUUAGCGGGCAAGGCAAGUCAACUUAGCUAUUUAAAUCAACCAAUUUACAGAAGCAGCAACAAUCAGGAUAAUGAAGGUAAUGGUGAAAGUAGUGAACCUAAAAUGUCAAGUAAAUUGGGCCGAGAAGAGGAAGGCGGAAAGGGAAGAGAUGAAGAUGAUUAUCGGGCUAAAGAAGAGGAAAAAUGGUCUCAAGGUGUAAGGGAAUGGAAUAGUGAUGAAUUUCCAAGUUCUUCAACUGAAAAGUCUAAACCUUUUGGAGCUCGUUCAGGAAGAUCAUCUGAUUAUCCCUCUUCACCUUCUUCACCUUCUUCACCCUCACCACAGGGAUCAUCAUCUGAUGAUGAUCAUGAAUCAACCGGUGAUCAACUGGGUGUAAGUUAUUUUGCUGAUAAAGGAAACACUGAUGAAGAUAAAUACUAUUCAGCUCCAGAUUACAACUAUCGUGAAGAAAGUCCAAAAAAGAAGUCAGCAACAACUUCCUAUGGGUCAUCUCCACCUUCACCAUCAAAGUCUAAAUCUGGUCGGUCAUCGUCAUCCUCGUCAGCUUCUUCCUCUUCUUCGUCAUCAAACCCAGCCUCUGAAAGCUAUGAUGACUAUUCAGAUGGACCAUCAGAAGCUCCUGAGGGCUUUACAACAAGUGAUUCAGAUGAGCCUUCAUACCAGUCAGAUGAUUCUGGUUAUUCAAAGAGUUCAUAUGACAAAUCAGAUAAAAAUGACAAGAAACAAUCAUCUGAGCCAAGCUAUAAUUAUCGAGGAAGCGACGAGUAUUUAACAUCUAAAUCAUCCAAAUCAUCCAAUCCAUCAAAUGACGGGGAACCAGUUCAAUAUUAUAAGCCUAGCCAAGGAUACGAUGAUUAUGCUGCUGAAGGCCGAGGGCAGGAGAAAAAGAAGAGAAAGUCAACAGAGUACAAAGCUGAAUACAAGCCAGAUGAAAGUUAUGACGAGAAUGAUGAUGACUCGGGUUCAAUGGAUUACGGUUAUAAUGCAAAAAGUGGUAAAGACGAGGGUCAGAGUUAUGACGAUAAACCGAGAAAGAAUCGAUCCAAUGAGGAAGAAGAGUUUGAUGCUGCAUUCAAGGAACCAUUGAGCGGAAGAGGAUUCAAUUACCAUCAACAAGAGUCAAGAAAUGUCGGCAAAUUUGCAAAUAGACAAAAACAUGUUAAACCAAAUGAUUCAGCUAAAUUAACUCCAUCGUCAUCUUCAUCUUCAUCGUCACUGUCAUUGCCAUCUUCACCAUCAAUGUCAUUGUAUACAUCAUCACCAUCUUCCCAAUCAACAUCACCGUCAACCUCAUUCACACCAUCGUUCACUUCCCAUAAAGUGAACAGCAGAAACUACUUAAAGCCUAAAAAUGGCGAGAAAGCUGUUGUAAAGGCAAGCAUGAUGGUUGAUUAG